CAACUAGCAAUCAAGAAACAGCAAUUGACCACUAAAGCACAGUCAAUUGCACCUCAAAAUGGGACACCCAGUAGAAGAACCGCCUCGCAAGGCGACCCGUGAGGAGAUGCGUGAUGCUAUGCUCCCACUGGCAUACCGAGACAACUGCGCGAACCUCCUGAUCCCCCUCAACCGAUGCCGCAAGGACACGUACUACCUGCCAUGGAAGUGCGAGAAUGAGAGGCACAGCUACGAGAAGUGCCAGUACGAUGAGUUCAAGCUUCGGGUGAAGAAGAUGGACGAGCUCCGCGAGGCCAAGGGCGGUGCCAGGAGCAACUAAGGAUGACAGCCUGGGAUGAGGAUACGAGGAGAAUGGCUGGGGUUGCGAAUGAGCUUGCCCCCAGUGAGCGCUGUAAAUAUAACCUACGGGACGGGAUAGACGGUCGCUUCAGGACGCCGCCUGCAAUCCAAAUAUCGAUUUGUCGGCACCAAAAAGUCACUACUGCAACGCAACGUGCGAGAUGAUGUGAAAGACGG